ACGAAAACACAGCCACACUAAUAAAACAGAUGUUUAUAAUAGGGUAAAUAACAUAUCAAAAUAUGGAAUUUUUACACGAAUCGAUUGCGCUGGGCGUGGAUUUGAUAAUAAUAGGUAUAUGUGCGCGGGAGUAUGUGCACUACAAGCGCACUGCCCAGGUGCUAAAGGCGGCACCGCAAUACAACAUCGAUGGGGAUCUGAAAUCGGUGGUGGAGCGGCAGCGCGACAAGAAGAUACCAUAUGCGGUAAUCCGGGGAACAGUAACCCCCCUUGGGGUUCCCCUGAAGAGUAGCCUGGUGCCCAGUGUCAGUGGUGUCCUGCAGAUUGUGAAGCUGCACGAGCACAGAAUCACCCGGGGAUUCGCUGGCUUCUGGACUGAGCACCACAAGCUGAUCCACGAGUCCGCCAACGAGAUGCCCUUUGAGUUACGCAACCAACAACACGGUGUGGAGAUUGUGGACGCCUUGAGUGCAGCUGUUUUGGACGUGGACAUGGUCUAUGACAACUACGAGCCCUCCAGUCUGUCCUUAUUCGACCAUCUGUUUGGUUUCUUCUCCGGCGUUCGUCAGAGGGGACUACAAACAACAGAGGAGGUCCUGAGGGAGGGCAGCUUCCUGACCGCCAUUGGUGAACUAGAAUUGGACGGCAAUACGCUGCGCAUGCAGCCCUCCAAGGAGGGUCCCCUUUUCCUGACCACCGCCACCAAGUCCACGCUCAUCAAACGGUUCGAAGAUGCUAAGGCAGCCACGAUACUCAAGCUGCUUUUUUGUAGCACCAUCUCUGCCAUCCUGGUAGCCGUUAUUGCCAAGAAGUACUACCGAAAGAGGAAACAGGAACGAGAGGAGGCCAAAAUACGCAAUCGCCUGGAGACGGAGCGCCGGGAACGACGAGCGAGGAGUCGUCCUCACACUCUCUCCCAGGAUCAGCUCUGCGUAGUCUGCUCCACCAACCCCAAAGAGGUUAUCCUACUGCCCUGUGGUCACGUAUGUCUCUGCGAGGACUGCGCCCAGAAAAUCUCCAUCUCCUGCCCCGUGUGUCGCGGUAAUAUCGCCUCUAAGGCAGCCGCCUUCAUCGCCUAGAUAUCAGCCGAAUGCCAACAAGAUCACCUUGUACCUGUGCGCGCCAAACUUAUUAUUUUGUUACAAUGCUCGUGUACGGCAUUUAUUUUAAAAUUAUUUAAAGUCUUCACAUCGAAAAGUUAA